UGGAGUGGUAGCUCGAGGCUUGGAGAAACAUUUCAAAGUGGAACAGAGGUUAUUUCUGUUAAAUAUGCUUGUCGGGGUUUGUGAUGAAGAGAGUCGUAUAAGUGCAACAGAAGCUCUUGGUUUGGUGCCCUCUCAAGAAGGUAUUGGUGAUGGACAGGAAAGCAAGUAUACAUGAAAAGUGGUAUCUUGUGAAAACCCUUUUUGCAACAGAUGUCUCUCGUGCGGUCUAUAGGCAUGUGGCAUCUGCUUGCAACUGAUGCAUGCAUAAGUCUUCUGGUUGUAUCAUGGGAGGAAUGAAGCGAAGCAGAGAGGACUACAUUGCCGGUGGUGAGGUUUCUCUGGGUUACAGAGCACCGUCUUGGAGCAGAGGCCAAUUGCUUGGCCGUGGAGGGUUUGGUUCUGUUUUCGUUGCCAAACUGAAGAAACCCUGUUUGGGAUUUCCUCCAAUCAUGGCUGUGAAAUCAGAAAACGCGGCUUCUGGGCCAUCUUCACUCUCAACUGAACAACGGUUUCUUCAGGCUUUAAAAGGGUGUCCUAAUGUGGUUCAAUACUUUGGAUCAGACAUCACAACCACCAACUCUGGUGACAUCAUCCUCAACGUUUUUCUUGAACUUGCUUCAGGAAGCUUGGCAGAUUUCAUCAAGAAAUAUGGUUCUGGUACUGGAAUGCCUGAGGUUCUAGUCAGGAAUUGUACGCGGUCUAUUUUGAUUGGAAUGAAGCAAGUUCAUGACCGUGGAUUUGUACAUUGUGAUAUUAAGCCUCACAAUGUCCUGUUAGUACCUAAUGGGGAUGGUUAUGUUGCUAAAGUUGCGGACUUUGGGUUGGCAAAGAGGCAGAAUGUGAGGGAUGCUAGUGGUGUCAGAGGCACACAUUUGUUCUUUUCUCCUGAGAUGGUGAGGGAUGGAAUUCAGGAAGCACCUUCAGAUAUUUGGGCACUUGGGUGUAGUGUGGUGAUGAUGUUGACUGGAAAACCACCGUGGGCUUCUACCUCUAAAUCCGAACUUAUGUCUCGGAUAGCUACUGAGUCACCGACGACCACCCCAUAUCUCAAAAGCAGCCCAGAACUUCUUGAGUUGCUGCUUUGUGAGGCAUCCUGUGAAGAGGUUGACGGCUACAGAGCUAUUGAGUCACAUCUUUUUACUGGAAUCAGAUGAGGGUGACAAAGUAUACAUUCAAGAAAAGGCUAGGGUUUCAGAUGAGAAGAGUCCUCAAUCACAACGUUGUCCUUCAGCUUUGCCGAGUUUUAUACCUCUUCCUUCUUCAUCAUCUGAGGAGGAAGAAGAGCACAUCCCUGCUGCAGCGAAGCGAGCAUGUUACAGACAGAUCCAUCCUGUGGCAAUCAUGGGUUGCCAACCUCCCGUCACUUUUACUGUUCGUGCGAAUUGAGACAGCAAACAUUUUGUUUGCAUUUGUAAAUCAUUUUUUCAUUGUAAUUGAUUAUUUUUUUUUUUUGUUUUCAGAAGUUGUAUAGUAAUCAAUUAGUAAAUAUAAAGAAUUUUGCGUUUCUGGUUCU